AUGGACAACUUCACCAUCAAUGUCGUCGUAGCCGCAGAUCCUCUUACAAAGUUCCUCUCCCAUGCUCUAGCAAGGUCGCUCCUGGCUACUGGUCUUCGUGCCAUUUCGGCUGAGCUUUUGGAUAAUGCCCUGGUCUACUCUGCGACGGCUGAGCAGAACAGAUGUGUUGAGGACUAUGAUGGAGAUAAUCUAGCUGCUAGCAGUAAGAGCAGGUGGACUGUUUGGUUGAUCGUUAUUUUGAAUGGCCGGUACAAUGAGUUGAAAGAGAAGUACACUUAG